AUGGAUAAGAGCUUAGUCACCGGUUCUGUGUUUAUUGACCUGGCAAAGGCUUUCGACACAGUUGACCAUGACAUUUUGCUUAGAAAAUUAGAGUAUUAUGGUAUAUGUAACGAAAGCCUUCCAUGGUUUAAGAACUACUUCACGGGAAGAAAGCAGUUCGUUCACAUUGAUUCUCAAUCAUCUGAAGAGCUUGCCAUAACUUCUGGAGUGCCGCAAGGGUCCAUCCUUGGACCCCUGUUAUUCAUUGUCUACAUUAAUGAUUUACCACGUUGUGUCAAACACUGUUCUGUGAAUAUGUACGCUGACGACAUAGUUUUAUAUAUUGCUAGCCAAACAGUAGAAAAUUUACCUUUUACAUUAACCAAGAUCUUCAGUGUCUAUCUGAAUGGCGUGAUGUUUGACAAUAAUAUGACUUGGAAGGCUCACGUUGACUAUGUGUUUAAAAAGGUGGCGUCAAGAGUUAGUAUUCUGGGCCGUAUUAGAAGUUUCGUCACAAAGGAGGCAGCAGCACUUGUUCAUAAUGCUUUAAUUCUUCCCUUAUUUGAUUAUUGUGACAUAUUCACAACUAUUCCACAAGGCAAA